UUUGUAAAUAAAAACACAAUAAAUUCAUUUUAAUUACAUUUAAAUUCAUCAGUUGAGUUUUAAACUUUCGCCGGAAACAAUCAAAUUUCUACAACAUAGAACGCUAAAUUUUGAAAAUGUUUAAAUUGUUACUACUAAUCACUAUAGCAAUUGCAGCUGUCUCAGCUGGACGUCUUAAACGUGAAGAACAAUCUACCAAUGAGGCUUUAUUGGAAAGUGGUCUGAAUAUUGCCAAAGAUGGUGUUAAAAAACUAGAAGAAAUUGCCUCAAAUUUGAUUAGUGCCAAUAGCACGGAUAGUCUGAUGGAACAAGGAGGAGCCAUAUGGGAUCAAGUUAAAUCAUUGGCCAGCACUAUAUCAAAAACUACCCAAGAAUGGUCGGACAAUACCUCGGUCAAGGAAUUACGUGAAAUUGCCGGCAGUACAGUGCAAGACUUUAAAUCUGAUCAUCCAGGCUUGACUAAUGCUGUUGCGGGCAGUGUUGAAAGUCUUAAUAAAGUGGCAAAUGAAAUUAUCGUUAAACUUAAGCUGAUGGUUGAUGAUAAGGAUGUGAAAGAAAUAUCAAACACUUUGAUUGAAACUACUAGCAGUGGCAUAAAUGUCAUUAAGGAUCAACUGAAAGAAACAACUCAAGCUUUAACUGAAAAAUUGAACAAGGAUGUGGUAAAGGAUGCAGCUGAUAGUUAAACAGUUCCUUAGUUUUUAAUACUUUUACACAUUUUACUGGUAACAGUUAAGAUUCCAUGUUGAUGCAAUAUUGUAUGAAUUAAAGUUGUUUACUUAAUUGUA